AUGUUUGGGACGUGUCUUUUCCCUCAUUGGACGCGUUGCGCGCUGAACGCACCGCCGCCUGCUUGUGUUUCAGGACAUUCGGGAGUUUCUGCGAACAUGAUGAAGAAGAAGAACUCGCACAAGAAGCAGAGGACCAGCGUUGGUCCCAGUAAGACUCCGGCUCCGCCCAGGAGGAACAUCGUGGGCUGCAGGAUCCAGCACAUCUGGAAGGAGGGCAGCAAGUCGUCCCAGUGGAAGGGGACGGUCCUGGACCAGGUCCCCGUCAACCCGUCCCUCUACCUGAUCAAGUACGACGGCUUCGACUGCAUCUACGGCCUGGAGCUGUACGGGGACGAGCGCGUGGUGGGGCUGGAGGUGCUGCCCGACCGAGUGGGUGAGGAGCGCUUCAUUUCCGUCUCCUCCUAGUUCUGAGGCGCAACUUACGGGAUCCCUCCAUAUGUGUUACCAUGGUACUUUAUGUUGCUUUACCUCUGUAGUUCCACUGCGGCAUCCCAAGGGGGCCCCAGCCCCCAGUUUGGGAACCAGUGCCGUUAAAUGGAUUCCACCAUCAUUACGUUUUAAAUCCCUUUAUUCAGCGUUGCCAUGAGACGUGAGACGGGGGGGACGAUGGCAGCAGCGCUGAGCGGCGCACGAAGUGAACGCGGGCUUUAGACUCAGCGCGUCCAGUUGUUCCUCACGUGACUCGAGCGUGUUCUGGUCCUUUUCUCCCGUCUGUCUCUGCGUCUCAUGGUGUCUUUCAUUGGACUCGUGUGGACGUGUACUUCCGUUCUACACGUCUCCCUCUGACUUCGACACAACCCCCCUAGUCCCUCCCUCAAU